GUGAUUCCCUAGAAAUAUGAUCGCGCGGGGGAAUCUGAUUUUUAAUUUUUUUUUUUUCGAAUUCAUUUUCAUAAUAAUUUCGGGUCAAAAAGUAUGUGCUAAAAAAUUUUAAUUUGAAAAAAUUUCAAUUCAUUUCGUUCAGUUUUAGGGGAAAAACAAACAAUAGAACAAUCAGACAAAAUGUUCCCUUUCAACUACCCUUUUGUGGUGGAGAAAAAAAAAUAAAAAACUGUUAGGAAUUUUAUUCUUAUCAAAUUAAAAAAAAUAAAUAGGUAAUCUAUUAAGUGGCCGGCAAAAAACUCGGCCACCGACUUAAUUUUUCGGGGCUAGGGCCUCUGGAGUUGCCUUAGUUUUUGUAAAAAUUUAAAAUGAAAAAAAAAAUUAAAUAAUUUUUAAUAAUAAAAAUUUGUAAUUUAAACUUAUUUAAUUUAUCUUUUUUUUUUGCUUUUUUUUUCAUUAAUUUCCUAUGUUAUGUUAAUUUAAUUCACUUGACAGCGUGGUAUAUUUUACAUGGCCGAAAAAGAAAAUUGGUGACCGAGAAAAUCGGUUCUACCAUUUCAAAGUUUUCGCCAAUUUCAAAUAAAAGCAACAUUUUAAAUUUUUUGAAAUUGGUAUGUGGCAGUGAAAAAUCGGUGGCCGAGUUUUUUAAAAACUCAUUUCGACACUUUUGUGCAAAUUUCCCAGCACUUUUUAGAAUUGGUGGCCGAAUUUUCACUUUACAAGGUCACGUGAAAAAUCUUGUCAGUGUUCAAUGAAAUUUCCAAAAAUAAGAGAAACUACAAAAUCUUCUCCUCCCAACAAUCUCAUUUCUCAUUACCUUCCUUAUCAUUUCCCAUAUCCACCCAACGUGUCAGUUUGUCGUGUUCUUCGUGCGCAUCACAUGUUGAAACUGACCGAGGGAAUAGUGGAGAUCACCGCGUUCACAUCUCCUACCAUCUCUUACUAUUGGUCAAAAAAUGUUAUUCGUCUCCUCACACUUUGUCGUACCUGUUUUGGUGAACCAUGUUGAACCCCGCCGAUAUGUUUCUGCUAUUUUUGAACCACCAAAUAUUUGACAGAUUCUUUGGGGACUUACCGAUAUGUCACUAUGGGGAAAUUACUACAGAUUAAUAGUCAUCGCCAUCGGAUUUCUAUGCUUGGCGUCUGUCUGUUCCAACUAUAUUGUCAUUAAUUUCACAUUUAUUUGCAUGAAAACUGACUACACCGAGUCGUAUUUGGAUGAUAAUGGGACAAUCCAUAGCAUCUAUGAUUACUCCAGUAGCGGCAAGAAAUGGAUAAUGUGGGCGGUGGCAGCCGGCACAAUUAUUGGCACAAUUCCAAUAAAUUUGCUAUACGUUAAAUAUGGGGCAAGAUACCCAUUUCUGAUAGCCGGUGUGGUUUCCUGCUUGGCUACUGCUCUAGUACCGCUGGCCGCAAAGAUUAGCUUUUUCUUUUUGAUAGUUUUAAGAUUUUUGCAGGGCCUCGCCUACUCUGCCGAUUUUGCUGCAAUUGGACUGAUGACAGUCCGAUGGGCUCCACUAUCAGAAACAGCAACUUUCGUGGCAAUUCUCACCGCAUUUACCGGGAUCUCAUCAGUGGCCACCAACUCGUUGACCGGGCUUAUUUGUGAGAGCUCAUUGGGUUGGAAAUUUGCAUUUUAUCUUCAUGCUCUUGUUGGACUCGUGCUCUUUGCCAUUUGGACUAUAGUGUACAUUGAUCAUCCCGAGGAUACUGGGAAGGUGUCUCAAAAAGAAUUGGGAAAAAUUCAGAAGAAUAAGUCGGAAGCGCAUUUGGACAGGAAUACAAGUGUUCCUUAUAGGAAAAUCUUGACCAGCCCGGUGAUAAUUUGCGUCUGGAUCAAUGCAUUUUUUGAAAUGUCUGCCGUGAUUAUGUUCUCCUCGUACAUGCCAAUUUAUUUCCAUGAAGUCUUGAAAUUUGGGAUAACUGAAACUGGAUUCUACGUUGCUUUGGUGCUGUUCUCCUACAUGCCAAUUCGAUUUGUGGCCGCGAUUUUUAGUGAUAAAUUUAGAUUCAUAAGUGAAAAGCUAAAAAUAAUGAUUUUCAACACGUUUGCCGUCGGAUUUUCCGGAUUCUUUUUUGCGUGUAUCGGCUUCAUUCCAGCCGAGCACAACAUGUUGUCACUCUCCUUCUUCAUCUUGACAAUGUGCUGUAUUGGAGUCAAUUCCGGCGGAUUUUACAAGUGUGGGGUGUUGCAUUCGAGACAAUUCGCUCACGUCGUCAUUGCCGCAAUUCAGUGGAUGAAAUGCUUGGCCUUGUUCUCCGCCCCCGCACUUGUCGCAAUAUUUGUGUCGGACGAGUCAAACCGACUACAAUGGCUAUGGGUACAUCUUGUACUCGGAUGUCUUAUGAUUAUUACCAACUUUGUGUCAUACUUCAUUUUUACCGAUGAGCCCGCCGAAUGGACAAAUUCAGAAGUCACAGUGAAACUGGAAAAAAUUUGAAUGAACUUCGUACAUAUGUAUAUAUAAGUCUGUAAAAAACCAUUUUUCAAAUAAAAAAAUUGUGUUUAAA